UAUGGUUGUAAUUGUAUUUUUAACUGCGGUAUUGCAUGUUAUUUUGGAUUUCAUACAAUAAAUAAAUUAUUAUACCCUCCGAUACGGCUGAUGCUGUAGUUGCGAGUCCGCCCGAAUCGUCUUCAGUACGUGCAGUGAACUGCAGUGCAGUAUUUUAUUAUUUGGUGCUGUGCCUGUCUUGAGUUGUUGGACUAAUAAAAUACCUGGUUGUUUGUUCGAUGAAAAAAAAGAUAGAUAUACAGAUCUCAGGUACUACAAGUAUCAGUUACAACACACAACAUGCCACUAGAGACAGCACAUGUUAAAGAGGCAGAGGCAGGGUGUGUAAAGAUGGAGUCCAGAGAGAUGUGUGUGCAGAUUGAGCCCAGUGUGGCAUGUGUGAAAGCAGAGCCUGGACAGGUGUAUAUCAAGACGGAGCCUGGAGAGGUGUGUGUGACGACAGAGCCCAGAGAGGUGGUGUAUAUCAAGACAGAGCCCGGAGAGGUGUGUGUGACGACAGAGCCCAGAGAGGUGGUGUAUAUCAAGACGGAGCCCGGAGAGGUGUGUGUGAUGACAGAGCCCAGAGAGGCGGUGUGCAUAAAGAUGGAGCCUGAGGAGUGCGAGGGCGGCGCGGGCUCGUGCGGAGUGAGCGCGGCGGCCGCGCGGGCCAGGCUGCAUACCGACCAUGGGCUCAAGAAUUAUCUCGUGCUGAGCACCGAGGAGUGGCACCAUCCUCAAGUGUGUUCGGACGGCGCCAAACGGUUGGCUCAUUCCGUGGUGGUCGAGCGUCGCAGCGACGUGACUGUUCUCAGUGGAGAAAAACCAUACACCUGCGAAAACUGUGACAAACGUUUCAGAAAUAAGUCUAUCUUAAGGAAACAUAUACAACUCACACACGUGUCGACCGGGCCAAGAAAAAUUGCUGAUUCUUCUAGUUCUACAUCCCAGGCCAAAUUGCUUGUAUCACAGAUUGAAAAAACACGCAAACGAAGUCACCAGAAAAUACACAUUGCAGAGAAGCCUUUUCAUCAAUGUAGUUACUGCAACUACAAAGCUACUAAAAAAUAUCACCUGGAAUGUCACAUAAGAAUACACACUGGCGAGAAACCUUACACUUGUAGCUACUGUGAUUACAAAUGCAGUCAGAAGUCAGCCUUAAAAGGACACCACAUGAUUCAUACUGGGACAAAGCCGUUUAAAUGUAGCGUUUGCGACUACAGCUGCAGGCUGAAAGCAACUUUUCUAAUACAUCAGAGGGUACACACUGGAGAGAAACCGUACACAUGUAGUCUUUGCAACUACAAGGGCCGUGCCAGGGCAAACUUACGAAAACACGAAAUGACACAUUCUGGCGAAAAGCCAAAAACAUCAUACACAUGUAGUUACUGUGAGUUCAAGUGCUAUGCCAGUUCAGUCUUACGUAAACACGAAAUGAGACAUACUGGCGAAAAGCCUUUUCAGUGUAGUUACUGUGAUUACAAAUUCAGUAAAAAAUCAAAUUUACAAAAUCACAUAAGAAUACAUACGGGAGAGAAACCAUACAAAUGUAGUCAUUGCGAGUACAAGUGCAGCGAUAGGUCGGCCUUACGAUGUCACGAGAUGACACAUACUGGCGAAAAGCCUGUUCAAUGUAGCCACUGUGAUUACAAAUGCCGUAACAAUUCAAUGCUACGACGCCACCAGAAGAAGCAUACUCGAACGGAGCCUAAAAUUGCGACUAAAAGUGCAACCUGUACUGUAACAGCACCAGCGGAGUCAUCAGAUGAUAUACACGUAGAAGCCAUAUAGGCAGGGCUGGGAACCGAUUUAUUUUUAAAACCCGAAAUAGACCAAUAUUUUUAAUUAUAUUAUGCGCUUUACGUCAGAAACAGUUACCUCAACCUCACUGUCCAAGGCCCUAGAUCACUUGGUCCCGGUAGGCCUAAGAAGCACUGGCUGGACGUCAUG